GUUGUAGUUUUGACGUCCCCACCAUUGAAUUAAGUUACCACUCACUCCUCCAGCCUUGUCCUAGUUAAGGUAGCAUUUCACAACUAGAAGCUUCUUCAUUGCUCGAGUGUCAAGGAGCCUACCCUAUUCAAAAAUCCCGACUACUUUCACAUUCGCGAGCGUAUCACUACUUACCUACGAAUUGGUUUUUAUUGAGCGACAAAGACAACAUUGCCUAUCAUGGCUAUAUCGCAGGUGCGAUGGGGCACCGUGCUGCUCGUCUUGGGCAUCGUGCUCGUCGUGAUGCCGGGAAAGGCGGCGGCAUUCGGCGCCGGCAACAUCCCAUCCAUCUCUCAGGUUGAGGGCCACAACUGGCGACAUGGAGAUAUUGAGGAUAUGCUUCAGACUCUCCUAUUCCUCAAAGGGAAGAAAUGGUCUUCCAAGAACAUUUCACGCGUCUACUUUGGCAACUGGCUUCGAGACUACUCUCAAGCUGUCGAUGUUGGAAGUCUGAAGGGAGUCAACGCGGAGACUGUCAGGAUCUUGGUCUGGGUCCUUUCGUUCCUCUCUUUUGGUUACGCCACGGCAGAAUUUGAAGUGACCGCAGAUCGCCUCGGAGUGUACCGACCUGAGGAACACAUCGACAACCCUCUUGGCUAUGGCGACGGCAAGGAUGCACGCGAGUUUGAUCCUCGGCUUCGCGGCCCCGUCGAUCCUCGCGAGCUUGAAGUGGAUCCCCGAACCGGAAUGAAGAACUACAUCGCCAACGAGAGCGGUGGCUGGGCUACUAGUGUGGGCUAUCUUAGGUUCAGUUUUGCUCGCUGCAUCCACUUUGGUCGCGUUUAUACGCACGGCAGCCGGUCGGGAAAGGAGGAGGAUCUCUGUGAGGCUUUGAGAUGUCUUGGGCAGGCUUUGCACUGCAUGGAGGACUUUUCGGCACACUCCAACUACUGUGAGCUGGCUUUACGAGAGCUUGGUAACCAUGAUGUGUACCCUCACUGCGGUACUUCGACCGAGAUCAAUUUGAAUGGCCGUCGGGUGUAUCCUCUUGUGACUGGUACAUUCGGAGCGGUUGACUUUUUGCAUUCGGUGAUUGGCGAGGCCACGGACAAUUUAACCCAGUCUGAAGUUGACGAGAUGAACGAAGCUCUGAUUUCAGCACAAAACAUAACAAAGCCGGGCGCAGGUGAUGGGAGUCGAUCGUUGUUUGGAUCCUCUGGGGACAGUACCAGCGGUUUUAUAUCACUCAUUGACAAACUUCCCGGAGUCGGCAAUGGAUUCGCUAGUGAGGCCAGGGCUCUUCAAGCCGAGUCAGCUGCUCAGGAUCAACAGAACCAAACACUGAGCCGGGCCAACCAAGUCCCCGGAAUGAGUCCUGAUUUCGAUGCUGUAGCAACAGCCAAGAAGAUUUAUCCUAUCCUUGCUUUCAGGGACAAGAUAGUCAGAGCUAUCAGCGACACUAUCUCCAAGAUUCCUGGUAUGGAGAAGCUGCUCGAACGUAUCGGUGAAACUCUCACUGCUUUCGUUCUUGGUCUGCUGGCGCCGUUUGUGCGCCCCAUCAUCAAUGGUGUGUCGAAGGUUUUGAAAGAUGGUUCGUCUGGUGUGAUUGCCAGCUCUUCAAAUUCCCAGCUUGAGCCAUGGAAGGAUCCAUCAUGCUCUAACCCAACGCAUUCCAUGCUGAGCAAAGACCACUUCACAAACGUCCUGAACUCUUGCGCCGGUCGUGUUGCGUCGACGGUGCUUCAAUACGUUGUCCCACGCGUCCUUUUCGCAUGGGAUAACCCGGGCGUGCCUGUAGACGAGGUCGUCAACGACGUUAUCCGAGCCUUUCACCAUCCCGCAGCUCGCAAUGAACAGAUCGAUAUUCAAAAACAGAUGUUCGAGACAGUGAGGAAGUGGUCUAAUGAGUCUCACCAUGUCAUCCGUCUCCUGUCCUCGGAGAGUGUCAAGGCGGGCAAGAACCACGUCCUCGCCAACGGCCAAACGGCGACCAAGUCUCUCGGUGGACACGACGGACACGCCCAUGGCCCUACAGGGUUCCCCGCAGCCGCUAUGCGGGAGCUGGGAGGACAUGGCAAAGUCUCAGGCUCUCUCUGGUCUCAGGUCAAGACUCGUGACAUGGGCGCCAUGAGCAGCGGGCCUUCAGGAGCGGCAGCGCCCCCGGAGCCCGACUAUUCGACCCGGCCGCAGGCAGACACUCAGCCUUCUUAUAACCAGCCGGCACCUCCUGCGACAUAUGGCUAUGGUCAGCCUGGCCAGCCGCAGUCCUACGGUCAACCCCAGGGAUACCAGCCGCAGCACCAGCAACAUCCUCCUCAGCCUGCAUAUGGCAGCGCCCCAUACGGUGGACAAUCACCGUACCCACCGCAACCUCCGUACGGGCAGCAGCCUCCUUACCAGCAGCAAGCUCCAUAUCAACAAGCGCCGGCGCCGUACGGACAGCCGGCACCAUACCCGCCACAGCAGCCAUACCCGCAACAAUCGCCAUAUCCUCAACAGCCUCCAUACGGCCAGCAGCCGCCGUACCAACAGCAGCCUCCUCAUGGACACCAGGGAGGUUGGGGACAGUAUCCAGGCCAGAGGUACUGAGUGGGAUGGUCGAGAACGGGUUCUUUUAUUAACAAUUGGGGGGGGGGGGGGGGGGGG